GGGAGUAGUAUUUAAACACUGGACAUCUCCACUCCUUUUUUUUUUUUAUUCUAAUAGAAAAAAAGGAACUUCAUUGCCAUGGCUGAUACUUCUCUUCCUAUCCAAAGGUUAUUGGGAAAAGUUGCUUUAGUCACUGGAGGGGCAACUGGCAUAGGAGAGAGCAUAGUACGUCUAUUUCAUAAGCAUGGUGCAAAAGUAUGCAUUGCUGAUAUUCGAGAUGAAGUUGGACAGCAUGUUUGUGAGACCCUUGGUAAUGACCAGAAUGCGUGUUUUAUCCACUGUGAUGUGACUGUAGAAGCUGAUAUUAGUAAUGCAGUUGAUAUUACCGUUCAAAAGUUUGGUACACUUGACAUAAUGGUUAAUAAUGCCGGGUUGUCUGGUCCACCUAUUCGAGAUAUCCGUGACUAUGAACUUUCUGUGUUUGAGAAUGUGCUUGACGUGAACUUGAAAGGUGCUUUCCUUGGAAUGAAGCAUGCUGCUCGCAUAAUGAUACCACUAAAGAAGGGAGCAAUAGUAUCUCUGUGCAGUGUCGCAAGUGCCAUUGGUGGAAUCGGACCUCAUGGUUAUGCAGCUUCCAAGUAUGCUGUUUUGGGACUUACGCAGAACGUUGCAGCUGAGAUGGGAAAACAUGGUGUACGUGUGAAUUGUGUUUCUCCUUAUGCUGUUGCAACUGGAUUAGCUCUGGCUCACUUGCCUGAGGAUGAGAAGACUGAUGAUGCAAUGGAAGGUUUUCGUGAUUUUGUUGCCAGGAAUGCUAACUUGCAGGGCGUGGAGUUGAUGGCUAAUGAUGUUGCUAAUGCCGUGCUUUUCUUAGCCAGUGAUGAAUCAAGGUAUAUAAGUGGGCAUAAUCUGAUGGUCGAUGGUGGUUUCUCGUGUGUUAAUCACUCCCUUCGGGUCUUCAGAUAGCUGCAUGUUGAUCGAUCUUAUAGGGAACUUUCAAGAGAUUGUCAUACUGUUUGUGAUUUUUCCAUUCAAACAACCCUGCUUAUGUCUUCCAAAGCACUAUGCUAAAAGAAAAAACAAAACUUAUACAAUCACCCGGGCCUGGUCACUGCGACCCCCUUUGUGAGGAGGCANCCCCCCCCCCCCCCCAUUCUCUUCUCCUGAAGUUAAAGGGUGAGAUUGCCAAGUUCAAAUAGAGUUGCUUUGCAAUUUGCUGUAUAAGCAUGUGUGUUGACAAUAUACAGUACAUUAUAAUGUAAACUCCAACUGAUUAGUGAUUUCCUUUUUAUGAUUUGCUUUGGAAA